GCCCCGCCUCCAACCGGCCGCGGCUCCGCCCGGCCUUGCCUCCUCUGGCCCCGGCGGAGGCUGCGCCGUAGGGCUGGCGCGCCUUUCCGGCUCAGCACGCGGCGCCAGGGGAGAACCCUGGGGGCGCUGUGCUGCAGCCUCUUGGUCCCCGUUACCUGUUCAAGCCCUGCGUUCAGGGGUGCGUCCCUUGCCGCCCCGGUACCCUUACGUCUCUCAGCCCCCGACUUUUGCUCUGAGAGGCCCUGACCGGGCGCCGAGAGGGUGGCGGUGUCGUGUGCUACCGCCCCUCUCCCCCGAAGGCAGCGUCCUGUGCUAAAGAAAGUGAGCUGUUAUAGAGGCGGUGCAAACCCUGAGCAUCAAGAGCGGCACCUCCAAGCUCCUUCCCUGGGAACUACACUCAGCAUCCCAGCAUUAAGCCGCCAUAGCUUUGAGCAUCUGUGCUUUAUCUUAAUUUAUUUUGUUAACAAGAUGUGUCCUAAGGUACUGAUGAGGAUGAAUGUGAUUUGGAGAAAUUAUUUUUCUCGUCUAAGGAUAAGAAUGGUGCCUCACAGAUACCGAAGUAGUUAUCACCCAGUGGCCCCUCUGGGAUCAAGGAUUUUAACUGAUCCAGCCAAAGUGUUUGAACACAACAUGUGGGAUCACAUGCAGUGGUCAAAAGAAGAAGAAGAAGCAGCCAGAAAAAAAGUAGAAGAAAACUCAGCUGUGCGAGUCCUUCUGGAAGAGCAAGUGAAGUAUGAGAGUGAAGCUAGUAAAUAUUGGGACACAUUUUAUAAGAUACAUAAGAAUAAGUUUUUCAAAGAUCGUAAUUGGCUGUUGAGGGAAUUUCCUGAAAUUCUUCCAGUUGGUCAAAAAACUGAAGAGAAGGUAAAAGAAUUAUCAUGGAAUCAUGUAAAAGUUCAUGCUGCAAACUGUUUCUCAAGAAUGCACUGCCCUACUAUGCCUGAAGAAAAAAAUCAUGAUAGAGAAAGUUCUGGCUCAUCAGAUGGUCAAAACAAAGCAGGAUCUGAUUUUUCCAACCUCGACUCCAAAGAACACAGAAAAGGACCUCUGAAGACUGAAUUGUUUCCCGGUAGCAACGCCACUUUCAGAAUCCUAGAGGUUGGCUGUGGUGCUGGGAAUAGUGUUUUUCCAAUUCUGAACACUUUGCAGAAUGCUCCAGAGUUCUUUCUUUAUUGUUGUGAUUUUGCUUCUGGAGCUGUGGAGCUGGUAAAGUCGCACACGUCAUACAGAGCAGCCCAGUGCUGUGCCUUUGUUCAUGACGUGUGUGACGAUGGCCUACCCUACCCUUUUCCAGAUGGGGUCCUGGAUGUCAUUCUCCUCGUCUUUGUGCUCUCUUCCAUUCAUCCUGACAGGAUGCAAGGUGUUGUAAACCGACUGUCCAAGUUACUGAAACCUGGGGGAAUGCUGUUAUUUCGGGACUAUGGAAGAUACGAUAAGACUCAGCUUCGUUUUAAAAGAGGGCAUUGUUUAUCUGAAAACUUUUAUGUUCGAGGAGAUGGUACCAGAGCAUAUUUCUUUACAAAAGGGGAAGUCCACGAUAUGUUCUGCAAGGCUGGGUUAAAUGAGAAGCAAAAUCUGGUCGAUCGUCGCUUACAAGUUAAUAGGAAAAAAAAAGUGAAAAUGCACCGAGUUUGGGUUCAAGGAAAAUUCCAGAAACCAUUACCCUUCACUCAAAAAAGCUCCAAAUUGUACUUAGAGUGUCUCAACAGCUCUCUUCUAUCAAAUGGCGUCCAGGGCUUUCCACCCAGCCCAUGCUCCUGUCCCAGCGCCCAAAGCUGGUGCUGCUUCCUGCUGCUGCCGAGGGCUCAGAACAAAGAAACCUACCCAUCAGUGACUCAAAUGAGAUAAAAGAAUUGUGAUUGGAAGACCCCAAAGACCUUUGAUUUCUGCCUUGAAGAAAGAAAUACAGAAGCUCAACACUGUGGCUCCCUCCCCUUCCUAUCACCUUGGUUGGCUUGCAAAGACUUGGCUGUAAGAGAACACCCCAAACCCCACGAAAGAACUACCAGUUUCUGGGCCUGAACCAUUACAGUGGCUGAAGAAACACAGUAUGCGUAAUGCCCAAUCUUGAUUUUUUUUUAAUAACUGACUUUUUUUUGAGGUAUAUAACAUAUAACAAGUAACAUAUGGUUGAAAUGUACAGUUUGAUAAGUUUUGAUGUAUGUAUCCACCCAUGAAAUCAUCACCACCAUCAAGAUAGUGAAAAUGUCCAUCACUCCUGAAAAUUUCCUUGUGCCCUUUAUGAUCCCUUCCUCUGUACCUCUCCAUCUCCUCAUCCACCAGGAAACUACUAACCUGUUUUCUGUCACUAUACAUUAGUUUGAAUUUUCUAGAAUGUUAUAUUAAUAAACACAUACUCUUUUUUGUCUGGCUUCUUUUGCUCAAUGUAAUGAUUUGGAGAUUCAUCCAUGCUGUUGAAUGUGUCAAUAGUUUAUUCCUUUUUAUUGCUGGGUAGUAUUCCAUUGGGUGCAUAUACCAGUAUUUGCUACCCAUUCACCCAUAGAUGGCCGUCUGAGUUGUUUCCAAUUUGGGGCUAUUAUAAAUGAAGCUGCUGUGAACGUUCAAGUACAAGACUGUGUAGAUGUAUGCUUUCUUUUCUCUUGGGUAAAUACCUAAGAAUGAAUGUCUGGAUCAUAUGGUAGGUGUAUGUUUAACUGUCUAAGAAACUGACAAACUGUUUUCAAAAGUGGUUGUGCUAUUUUAUAUUCCCACAGCAGUAUAUAUGGGUUCAAAUUCCUCUGCCUUCUUGCCAACACAUGAUAUGGUCAGUUAUUUUAAUUUUAGCCCUCAGUAGGUAUAUAGUUGUACUACAUUGUAGGGUUUUUUUUGUUCGUUUUUUACAUUGUAGUUUUAAUUUGCAUUUCCUAAUGACUAGUGAUGCUGAGCAUCUUUUCAUAUGCUUCAUAUGUGUACUUGCCAUCCAUGUCUGUUUAAUUCUCUUGCCUAUUUGUUUUUAAUUGUGUGGCUUGUUUCCUUAUUAUUGAGUUUUGAGUUUUUUUAUAUAUUCUGGAUGCAAGUCCUUUAUCAGAUAUAAGCUUUGCAAAUCCCAUUUGCAGGUAAGGAUAAUCAACUAGCUUUUGGUCUCAUCAAUUUCUUCUAUUGAUUUUGUUUUCUAUUUCGUUGAUUUGCGCUCUGAUUUUCUUUUUUUUUUUU